AGCACCGAGGAGUGAGGGAUCGCGACUUCGGCGAACGUCGACCAGAGGGCGGUGGAUUCCCAACAACAUGGCCGUCUAACACAGACACCCCGUGCAAGUCUCCACGAAGGUGACCAGCCGAAUUUCGAGGAAGCAUUCAAGUUCCAACUACGAGACUGACGGACGCCCGAUCCUCACGAGCGAGACAAAGAGAAGCCGAUCAAACUGGCGCCGUUCAAGUUCCCGUUCUCGAAGAUGUCGAAGUCGCGCAGCAGGGACGAGAAGGACAGAGAGAAAGACAAAGAGACCGCGGAGCAAACCGCGGAUGGCGAAACGAGGGACACCAUCGAGGAAAAUGAGGAGGGAGACGGAAAGGAGGCCACGAAGGACGGGAACAUUGGAAGAAACGUGAACGACGACGUGGAGGACAACGCGAGGGGGCCGUAUGUUCAACUACCGGUGAACCAAUCGCAAUUGACCACCGAGCCAGGAUCCAAUUUAAGGUCACCAGUGUUUGCUUCCAACAGCUUGAUGGUGAGGAGCAGCGAGCCAUCCAUUCGAAGCUCUCCUCCUCCAUCGUAUCAACACGUUAUCGAACAGAGACGUUUGGAGCACGUGGCCGAGGCGCAGGAGAAUCAGAACGCGAGUCAAGCGUCCGGACAGGACGACAGGAGAAGAGCACCGAAGAUACUUCAUAAAUCGAGCAAGCAAUUUUACAGAGCGAUGGCCAAACAGUGGGGCAUCACUUGCAAAAUGAGCGAUCACUGCAGAUGCUUGGAUUGUCAGAGCCGCUAUUUCGACUGCGAGUACGAGACGAACGAGAACCAGAAAACUGACGGCGGUCUUGGCGCCGGGACGCCGAUGUUCAUAUCCGAGGUGAUACACGGUUCCGCCUGCGUGCUUCUAUAAAACACCGGAAAUAAGCACGCGACAACAACAGGAUGGUCUUUGCGACUCGCAGAUGCUUUCGCAAGGAUGAGACGUUCACGUGAUCACGCACAAAUCCAGCUGACUGUUUCCCGAUGGACCAGAAUGAACACGAUGACCUCUUAACCGCGGUCCUGAUGCUUUGCAACGGAACGAACGGCCAGCUGAUUCUUCCCGAAUCGUCGCAGAAUGCUUAGAGCUAAUUUCGUAUAUUCGGAGCAUACGCAAAAUAUUUGUCGUGAAUUUUGCAUUUGGGGACGGUUUGGUCGAUGUCUGAAGUCCAGACGAGCUCGUGACUUUUUUGGUAGUAAAAGAAAGAAUCUCCUGUUUUUAUUACGAAAGAAAUCAUUGAUUAAUUCGAAUAAUCGCUUAACAAUUAUUUAGACCAAAAUUGGUUUGCAGCCCCCAAAUUUAAAUUCACGAAGAAUCUGGGACUAAGAGAAUUGUACGAAUACCAAGAUCAACGCACACGAAGGUGAGUCUCCGUUCGAAUGACCCCAACAGCCGCUAAUAUUGAAACGACCGUCGAUGAAAUUUGUAUAAUGACGUUCGAUGGCCACCGUCUCGAUGUAACAAUCAAUUACCAAGUAUUUUCGAUAACGACAAGCAUCGAGCCAACAAGCAAAUAUAUAGAAGCUUCCGUAGAAGGGAUUGAAGUCACAGAACGGUUUUAACCUGUCAGUUGCAUUUUAUUAGUCGUAUUCUCAACCUCGUGAUAGAUUUGUGCAAUCCGAGCAUCGUUGGCGCUGAGAUCGCGCAAAAUUUGUUGCUCCUUCGAACCAAAUAUCGAGAGUCUAUUAUCAGUUGAGUGUUAACAGAACCAUGUUGUCCAUAGACGAAAUAAUUUCCCCAGACAUUGAUUAACAAAGUUGAAUGUUCCAUUGAUACUACUUUUUUCGUAAUGGUUUCUGAUGCCAAAGAAUGCAAUUUUCAAUCGGUGCGAAGUUUCUUCUCGUAUCUGGGGAAAUUACGAAAACUAAAGAGUAGCAUAAGUGUUAGAGGUGUUGUAACACAGUGUAUAAAUAAUCGGCAUAAUCAUCUCGAAAUCUCGAUACUCUUGUAAAUGACUACUUUUUAAUCUGUUGGGUCGACUUCUCUCGAAGCUUCUACCCCGAGGAAUUACGUAGCAUAUUUAUUGUCUGAAGAAGAAUACUAUAAUUAUUUGAUAAACAUUCACAUUUUCUUUUUCUCACAUUAAAUGACACUUUGUAAGGAACACUCCCACUGCUGUCAUUUUUAUACCGUUCAAACGUAACACUUUAUCGUUACUGUCGCACUAAGAAAUAUACGAUUUGUCUACGAUUCUUCAACAACGAUAAACAGGCCUACUGUAAGACAACUUUGCUAUAUCUAGACUGCAUUCCUAAGCAACGAUAUAUUUUAACGUUUGUAACAUACGCAAAUUUACGAAUCAAAUUUAACCGUAAAUAGUUACACUUUAAAAGACAACUACAUCUUUUUUUAACUAUCUGUCACACGCUAGACUCACAAAUGGAACACUGAAAGAAGAUAAUAUAUGGAUCAUAAUAUUAACGACACUAUUACUUUAUACUUAUAUUACUACUUACACUUUCACUGUCACUGUUAUUAAGAGAGAAAUAUUCUACGCAAGAAUAACAUCGGUUUCUUCCGGUAUCAUUUUGUAUUUCCACCUUCUGUACCGGAUAGAACAAGCAGAGUAAUUUAGAAAGUACACGUGGAGGAUUGAUUACGUGAUCUGAUUCCUCGAGGUGGAAAUUAAAGGCAUUCGAUCGAGCGACCCCUUUGAUUUCUUCGUGCGACAGAAGCACGUAGAUAGAUGUGUAAUUAACGAUUGUAAACUACUGAUUCCCGGCGUAACGUGUCCGAGGAAAUCGAAACUCGAAACACAUGAAAGUAUUAUAGAUCGUGCGUCGAUUACGCGUAUUCGAUGGACUCGCGUCUGGCAAUACGCGAUCAUUCGGUUUGCAAUUUAUUUUCCUGUAAAACAAUUACUUUCAUUCUCUCAAUUAACCGUUUUAAACGAUGAUCGAACCAUAGUUUGCUUGACUAAAUAUAUUCAACAUCGUUACAGUCUUCGCAAACUGUCGAGACUAUAACUGUAUUGAAUAUAAUUAAUUACUUUCCUUCAAAUUCUUUCUAAUACUCGAUUUAUUUACGCUUCGACGAAUAGACGGUAGUCGAAAUACCGUAAAUACUAAUUAGUACUUUAUUCGUAUAGCUUUGGUAUUCCACAGUUACUUCAUUUUGAGUGUCGUGGUUUAUCAAUCGAGUGUAAAGCCUUUUCGUUUGCAAUAUUGCUAGAAGAAUAAUUUGAGUAAACUCAUUUAUCGUAGCGAGCUGAUUUAUUAUUUAAAACUGUUACACUGACGUAGCUGACCCUACAGAUUUAUUACUCCGGUGUGAUUUAUUAGCGCGAUUUCUCACGAUGACAUACUCGAAGAAAGUACUAUACUCCUAACGCUAAUGCAACACAACGAGUGUUAUAUAUCUACGAAGAACUUUCUGCUUCGACGACGCGUUUCCCUAAAACAUAACCGCGCUCGAAGUGAACCGCGAUCGAGACCACUUCGCACUUCAAGGUUUCCAUGGUUUGCGAUCGUUGCAACGUCGAAUAAUUCAGAACCGAGACGCUAGAUAAAGGUGAGGGUGAGAGGAGAGUAAAAUAUGGUCUAGUCGAAAAAAAAAACGUGCGAUCCGAUCGUUCGUAACGGACGUCGAUCGACUAAAAGCGAAACAUAAUACAGUACCUGCCUAUUCUUGUCUUUUCAAGAUACUGUUCUUUUGUACCUCGCGCCGAAAAAAAGAAGAAAAAAAAAACACGAACAAUAUAUUUCACGUGCGCAUAAAAUAGCCAACCCCUGUCAACGGCCCCUCGACGCUCCAUACCGUUGCCAAAUAUCAGUUUUUUUUUUAUCGAUGGCCAUCCUUUUGUACGAUACGAGAUCCUUUUUCCUACUGGCGCGAAGAGCUAUUGGCGUGGCUCGAGGAGUUUCGUUUCGCGUGAUUUCUUUUCUUUUCAUAUUUUCCAAGAUACUCCAAGAAACUCCAACAUAAAUCGGACCUGAUAUUUUCGAUUAACGAUCAUUUAAUAAUCGAUCAAGAAUAGUUGUAACGAUACAAAAUUCUCACAGCGAAACGAAAGCCAUCCUCAACGACGCGAAUGCCUAAUCGCCGAUCGUAUAACAUAAUUUUACUAACGCCACCAGUCAUUUUUACUUUUACACCCGGUACACGGUGCACGCGUUCCAUUUACAAUUAAUCAAGUCCUUGGAUGCUUGCGUAUGUGUGUGCGUGAAAAAGACGAAUUAGAAACUAAGGAAGGAGUACAGAGAGAAAGCGAGUGUGUGAGAGAGAGAGUGAGGCAGGGAGGAAGAGUAAUUCUGUCACUUUGAAAGAGAAAAAUGGGUAUGCGUGUAGCUAGAGGAAGACACACCAGAAAAUGCGUGAAUAGUAUUUUUUUGGGCCACGGAUUUUUUUAUUAAUAUCGUCGUCGGACUGCUGGGUGAUGGGAAGCGAACAAAAUUAUGAUCGUCAUCGUCGUUGCCGAUGUAUAACCUACGCGAUACACUUGAUAUAAUAAUUAUUGUAACGAUUAUAAAAAUUAUUGGAAUAUUAAUACCGUACAGUGCAUGUCGACGUGAUGAUUGUAUUCGAUUAACGAUUUCGGUGUGUGCUAAUUAUUACUGUAAAACGUGCGAUUAUGAAACUGGAUGCAAUUAGAAGAUGAACAUACAGGUUACGAAAAGAAUCGGAUACUGUUCGAAAAACGAAGCUAGCCUCUUUAAUCUGACGAUG